CAAGCACUGGGUAAUGCAGACAAAACAAGCACUGGGGGUGGAAGCAGUAAACCCAACAUGCUGCGAUGCCGCAACUCCAUCACCACCUCCGCUGAUGAGCAACCACACAUUGGAAAUUACCGUCUACUGAAAACGAUUGGCAAGGGCAACUUUGCUAAGGUGAAACUGGCCAGGCAUGUGUUAACGAGUAAAGAGGUCGCUGUAAAAAUUAUUGACAAAACUCAGCUUAAUUCAUCUAGUCUACAAAAGCUUUUUCGAGAAGUAAGAAUAAUGAAGGUUUUGAAUCACCCUAACAUAGUUAAGUUAUUUGAAGUUAUAGAAACAGAGAAGACCCUUUAUUUAGUUAUGGAAUAUGCUAGUGGAGGUGAAGUUUUUGAUUAUUUAGUUGCACAUGGGCGAAUGAAAGAGAAAGAAGCACGUGCCAAAUUCCGACAGAUUGUUUCUGCUGUUCAGUAUUGUCAUCAGAAAUUUAUAGUACACAGAGACUUGAAGGCUGAGAAUCUGUUACUAGACUCUGAUAUGAAUAUCAAGAUAGCUGACUUUGGCUUUAGCAACGAAUUCACAUUUGGGAACAAACUGGACACGUUCUGUGGUAGCCCCCCAUAUGCUGCGCCUGAACUAUUCCAGGGCAAGAAGUACGAUGGGCCUGAGGUAGACGUUUGGAGCUUGGGAGUUAUUCUUUACACUCUAGUCAGUGGCUCCCUGCCAUUUGAUGGACAAAAUCUAAAGGAGCUGCGAGAGAGAGUAUUACGUGGAAAAUAUCGCAUUCCAUUCUACAUGUCCACGGAUUGUGAGAACCUAUUAAAAAAAUUCCUUAUUUUAAACCCCAGCAAAAGAGGUACACUUGAGCAAAUAAUGAGAGAUCGCUGGAUGAAUGUAGGACAUGAGGAUGAUGAACUGAAACCGUACGUGGAUCCAGUUCCAGAUUACAAGGAUCCUAAAAGGACAGAGUUGAUGGUGACUAUGGGUUAUUCCCGGGAGGAGAUCCAGGAUUCUCUCGUUAACCAGAAGUAUAAUGAAGUCAUGGCCACUUACCUACUGCUUGGGUACAAGCCCUCUGAGCUGGACAGUGACAACUUGACAUUAAAGGCCAGACCCCCUCCAGAUAUUGCCAAUAGCACCGCACCGUCACCGGCUCAUAAGGUGCAGCGGAGUGUUUCAGCAAAUCCAAAGCAGCGGAGACUCAGUGACCAGGCUGGUCCAAAUGUGCCCAAUUCAAACACCAAAAAGACUCAAAGCAACAAUGCAGAAAACAAGCGACCUGAUGAAGAAAGGGAAAGUGGACGGAAAUCAAGCAGUACUGUAAGAGUACCCCCAAGCCCUCUAUCUGGAUUAGAGAGAAAGAGGACCACUCCAACACCAUCUACACCCAAUGAAAUGAUGAGCGAGAUCCGUAAAGUACUGGAUGCCAACAAUUGCCAGCAUGAGUCACAGGAAAAGUACAUGCUGCUCUGCGUCCAUGGCUCCCCAGGCCAUGACAGCUUUGUCCAGUGGGAGAUGGAGGUCUGCAAACUCCCACGCCUCUCCCUCAAUGGUGUGCGCUUCAAGCGUAUCUCUGGCACCUCUAUGGCAUUCAAGAACAUUGCCUCCAAAAUCGCCAAUGAGCUCAAGCUUUAAUGGGGAUUUUACUUUGUCAAAGACAUAAACUGCAUACUUGACUCGUAACCACCCAUUUGUCCAAAAAGCCUUCUCUUGUUAGCAAGAGGGUGCAGGACACACUAUCUUUAUUUCUCCCUCCUGCUAUAUUCUGGAAUGGGCAGAACAGGGAGUAAAGAAAGAAGGGUGCAAGAUAAUGGCUUCUCCCUUCAACUUAGGUUUUGAUGGUAUUUUAUUUGUAUUGAUUUAUAAUUGUUUUGCUUUUUUUUUUUUUUUUUUUUUUUUUUUUUUUUUUUUUUAUAUAUAUUUCUGUUUUAACGGGGCUCAGAUUAUGUUAUAGGCAGAAAGGGCAGGAAUUUGGCACCUUGUUCUGAAAAUGUUUUAUUUCAGCAGUGUGCUGUAGAAGUAAAGCUUAGAAACCAGCUGAGACAGUGAUUGGUUUCAUUUCCCCUCAACCUGUCACAAACCAGAAUUAACUCAUUGUACAGAAGGAGUUUACAACCAUGUCUUAGACACUGAAAUAAUAGCUCAGGGGGCCCAUCAUUUACAGGUACAAAUAGAGAGAAUGAGGAAGACUGUGCAGGUGAGCAGCCUGAAUUUGUACUGUGGUAGAGACCUGGUGGCCAGCUGAUAUUUUAUAAAUAAAUAUAACUGCAAUUUUAUUUAUUCCCAUGGAAGGUUGCAAAGUUUUAGCUGCAUCUGCAGGGACACUGACCAGUUAGCGAAUGGUUAAUGUUCAGCAUCACAGGUACACUUAUACCUCUUUCUUUCACUUGGUUAAUUAAAAGCACUGGAAGUCUC